CCAGAAAUGCUAGCAGUUGCGUGGCACACACAGGAGGAGGCACAGACCAACUGUAGCUUUGAAAUCCAGAGAAGAGGAUGUCUGAAUGCAGAAAGGUGCUAUGGUUCUAUAAAGAGGAACUGCAGUUCUUGUAUAUUGUAUAUAAGGAAAGUACAAUCUGGAUAGAACAAACCAGAGAGCCUUUGCCAGGUGGUAACUACUCAAUGGAACUCAGGAUAGUCGCCUUGGUUUUCCUGUUUAGCUCCUUGAAUGGAGAGUUGAACAAACGUCACAUAUUGCAGCGGCGAGGGCUAAUUCAGUUAGCUGGGACCAUUCAAUGUGGAACUGGUCGAUCUGCUGUGCAUUACAUUGGAUAUGGGUGCCACUGUGGACUGGGAGGACAAGGAGUGCCAAAAGAUAACACCGAUUGGUGCUGCCACAGUCACGACUGUUGUUAUGAAUUUGCCGAAAAAUAUGGGUGCAAAACCAAAUUGGGACAAUACAGCUGGACUUGUAAAGACAACACUGUAAAAUGUGGUGACAUGAAGGAUUGGUGCCAAAAAAUUGUGUGCAAAUGUGACAGUAAAUUUGCUGAAUGCUUAAGUAAAACCAGAUUCAACUCCAAGCACAUCUUGUAUCCUAAUUUACUGUGUAAGAAACGAACACCAUCAUGCCGAUCAAGUAAAAACUGGUUUUCGGAAAGAGAGUGAAUAUCUAUAGAAUGAAUUCAGAUUUCAGUGGAAAGCAGUGAUAGGCAGCUAGGGCAUUUUGGCCAGUGCUGUUUACUGUUUGAGAACAACAGUAGUCAAAAUUCCUCUUGUGCCAUAGGCCUAAUAGUAGUAGUAGUCUGCUUCAUCUUAAAUAAGGGCUGGUUCACACAUGCAACAACACCUGAACCUGUGGCCUCAGUACUGUGCACUAAAGCACAUGUUAAGCAGUGAUUUCAAACUUCAUAAACCCAGUAAAUAACAUUAAUAUCAUGGCUAAGAAAGCUCCCUGGCAAAUAAUUCUGAUUUCAUAGCUCAAGAGAGUCUGUAAAUCUGUUUAGUAAGGGGCUAAAAAUACACAACUCUGCAAUCUUGAGCAAUCAAAUUUGCAUAAAUUCUGAUAAUAACAAAAACUCCUCCAUGUAAAUACACAGUAUCUAUAGCAGAAAGCAGUUUAUACUGUAAUAAAAUUAAAAAUAGAUUUUGCAUAAUGUAAAUGAUAAACCUUUGAAAACAGGUUUACAUAGGGGCACAUUUACUAAAAUUCAUUUUUUUCUGGCCUUGAAAGUCAUAUGAACUCAA